GCAAAAACUAUGCGCACAAAAAUUGAUGUGUUAUCGGAAAAUAAGGUACCGGUAGGCCUAAUUACACACGAUAGUGAAUAAGAAAACACCGCAUUGUGUCAAAACGCUAAUGAUAACAAGUCGCUGAAGGUGGAUACUUUGAUCAAGUUUGAAAAAGGAUGGCAUCAGGGGACGGUAGUCCUAUGACCACGCCCCCUCCUGGCCCUGCCUACACUCCAGAAAACAUUCAGCGAAUGCAACAGAACAUAAAAAUGGAUGACAAGGGAAUGCCCAACACGCAGCAGCAGCAGCAGCAGUAUGGUCACAUGCAACGGCCUGGUGGCAUGCACCCUCAAGCCAUGCAGGGAGGCCCUCAGCAGGGAAUGCAUGGGCCACCACAGGUCAUGCAAGGCAUGGGAGGGGGGAUGCAAGGUUCUCAAGGCGGUCCUCAAAAUAUGCAGGGAGGCUCGGUCAUGGGGCCUGGCAUGCAAGGCCAAGGAAUGCAAGGGCCACAAGGCAUGCAGGGGGGUCCCCAGGGGAUGCAAGGAGGCCCUGGAAUGUCUGGUGGAAUGCAAGGAUCCCAGGGAGGCCCUCAGAGUAUGCAGGGAGGCCCACAAGGAAUGCAAGGAGGCAUGCAGGGACCCCAAGGAGGGCCUCAAAACAUGCAGGGAGGCUCACAGGGGAUGCAAGGAGGCCAACAAGGCAUGCAAGGGCCUCAAAAUAUGCCAAGUGGGUCUCAGAAUGUGCCAGGACAACAAAGUGUGCAAGGUGGCCCACAACAAGGAAUGGGAAAUAUGCAUCCACAACAAAUACAGGGUGGGAACAUGGGUCCUGUGCCAAAUAUGAGCAACCCAGCCAUGGGAGGUCCCAACAUGACAGCUCCUGGAGGCCCUGCAAUGGGAAGGCCAGGAAUGCAAGGCCAAGGCCAGGGAAUGCAAGGCCAAAACAUGGGACCAAGUGGCUAUAACCCAGCAAUGAUGGGAGGAAACCAGGGUGGGCCCAACCAGAACAUGCAACAGGCACAGGGGAUGAAUCAGCCAACGGGACAGAACAUGGGGCAGGGUCCAAGUCCACACAUGAGUUCAAACAUGGGUUCUCCAGGCAGUGCAGGCAGCAUGAGUCGCCCUUCUAGCAGUGGGCCUGAUGGUCAACACAUGGGCAUGCAGGGUCAAAACCAGCCAGGUUCUGCAUCAAACAUGGAUGGUGCAAGCUUCAACCAAGGCAUGAGUCGAAGCAUGGGACCCACUCCCAUGAACCAGAUGCACCAGGGAGGUAACCAGAUGGUUGGACAAGGCAUGAUGCCAGGAAAUAUGCCACAAAAUCAGAUGCCCAACCAGCCAAUGAGGAACCAGAAUUUCAACCCCUCCCAGCUGCACCAGCUGCGUGCCCAAAUCAUGGCCUAUAAGCUGCUGGCCCGGAGCCAGCCCAUUCCUGACCCACUGAGACAGACACUCGAGGGCAAAAGACAGUUCCAGCCUCCUAUGCCGAGGCCUCAAGAUGGUCAGUCAGCUGGGCCUACGCAGGGUAUGAGAAUGGGGCCUCCCCCUCAGCAGCUUCCUCCUCAGUCUCAGGCUUCAGGAGUACCUCCAAUGUCAAGUCAGCCCACAAGCCAGGCUGUUUCACCAGGACCACAGCCCACACCGCCAACAUCACAGGCUGGUCCCAGCACAACCCCUCCCCAGCAGAAGUUGGGCCCAGGAGGUGGUCCUCCUAACACAUCGAUGCAAGCUAUGAUGACCAUGCAGUCCCGCCAGAACAGGAUCGCUCCUGUUGCAAAACCUGUUGGCCUUGACCCUAUUGAGCUUCUGAAUGAGCGGGAAAACAGGAUAGCAGCUCGUAUUUCCUCCCGCAUCAAGGAGCUGCAGGGCAUUCCAGCCACCCUCUCAGAUGACAUGAAGACCAAGGCUACUGUUGAACUGCGAGCUCUCAGGCUCCUCAACUUCCAGAGACAGUUACGUCAGGAGGUGGUCGCAUGUAUGAGGCGAGACACGACGCUGGAGACAGCUCUGAACUUCAAGGCCUACAAGCGUGGCAAGCGGCAGACCCUGCGGGAGGCUCGUUCCACAGAGAUACUAGAGAAGAAACAGAAGAUGGAACAGGAGAGAAAAAGACGGCAGAAACACCAGGAGUACCUGACUGCCGUGCUUCAACAUGCCAAGGAGUUUAAGGAGUUCCACCGCUCUGUUGUCUCUAAGGUGUCCAAGCUUAACAAGGCCAUCCUCAUGCACCACAUGAACACCGAACGCGAACAAAAGAAGGAACAGGAGAGGCUUGAGAAGGAACGUCUACGCAGACUUAUGGCAGAGGAUGAGGAGGGAUACCGGAAGCUGAUUGACCAGAAGAAGGACAAGCGUCUCAUGUACCUGCUACAGCAGACAGACGAGUACAUUGAGAGUCUUACGAACCUUGUAGAACAACACAAGAUUGAACAGAAGAAAAAGUUCCGCAAGAAGAAGAAAAAGAAGAGUGAGGCGGAAGAUGUUGUUGGUGUACGUGUGCCAGUCAUUGAGAAGGCCACCGGCAAGAUUCUCACGGGAGAGGAAGCACCUUUGUCCAGCGAACUUGUAGAAUGGCUUGCAGCCAACCCGGGGUACGAGGUAGCCCCGAAGGAGGAUGAAGAGUCGGGAGAAUCUGGUGAGGAGGAGGAAGAUGAGGAGGAGCCGGCAACACUUUUUUACGACGAAAACAAGGAGCAGGCCGAGAAAAAGGAGGGACCAGAAACAGCUGGGGUGCAUGAUGAUGAAUACAUGAGCAAACAGAACUACUACGGUCAGGCCCACGAGAUCCGGGAGAUAGUCACAGAGCAGGCUUCUAUCCUUGUCAAUGGCAAAUUAAAGGAAUACCAGAUAAAGGGUUUAGAAUGGAUGGUGUCACUGUAUAACAAUAACCUGAACGGCAUUCUGGCUGAUGAGAUGGGUCUGGGUAAGACCAUCCAGACCAUCGGCCUGAUAACUUACCUGAUGGAGAAGAAGAAAGUGAAUGGUCCUUUCCUCAUCAUUGUGCCAUUAUCGACGUUAUCAAACUGGAUGCUUGAGUUUGAGAAGUGGGGUCCGUCCGUGCUGAAGGUCCCAUACAAGGGUUCCCCCCAGGCCCGUAAGGUGCUUGGCCAGCAACUGAAGGGGGGGAAGUUCAACGUCCUCCUUACCACAUAUGAGUAUGUCAUCAAGGAUAAGGCAAUUCUAUCCAAGAUUCGCUGGAAGUACAUGAUCAUUGAUGAGGGUCACCGUAUGAAGAACCACCACUGUAAGCUCACCCAGAUCCUCAACACAUACUACAUCGCCCCCUUCAGGCUGCUACUUACCGGAACUCCACUACAGAACAAGUUGCCAGAGUUGUGGGCCCUGCUGAACUUUCUGUUACCCAGCAUCUUCAAGAGUGUGAGCACGUUUGAACAGUGGUUCAAUGCCCCGUUUGCUAUGACUGGGGAGAAGGUUGAGUUGAAUGCAGAAGAGUCACUCCUGAUCAUCCGUCGUCUCCAUAAGGUGUUGAGACCUUUCCUGCUCCGUAGACUGAAGAAGGAGGUGGAAUCUCAGCUCCCAGAUAAGGUCGAGUAUGUGAUCAAGUGUGACAUGUCAUCCCUCCAGAGGGUCAUUUACCGACACAUGCAGAACAAGGGUGUCCUGCUUACGGAUGGCUCCGAGAAGGACAAGAAGGGGCGUGGAGGAGCUAAGAUCCUUAUGAACACGAUCAUGCAGCUGAGGAAGAUCUGUAACCAUCCAUUCAUGUUCCAUCACAUAGAAGAGGCAUUUUCUGAGGCCAAUGGCAUUGCUGGUGUCGUCACUGGCCCUGACCUGUACCGCGUGUCCGGGAAGUUUGAGCUGCUUGACCGUAUCCUGCCCAAGCUGAGAGCCUUGAAGCACAAGGUUCUGCUCUUCUCCCAGAUGACCUCUCUGCUCUCCAUCCUUGAGGACUACUUCCUAUUCAGGGGAUACAGAUACCUCAGACUUGAUGGUACAACAAAGGCUGACGACAGAGGUGAGCUUCUCUCCUUGUUCAACAAAGAGGACUCGCCCUACCACAUCUUCAUCCUCAGUACAAGAGCCGGAGGACUAGGACUGAACCUGCAGACUGCAGACACUGUUGUCAUCUUUGAUUCAGACUGGAACCCACAUCAGGACUUGCAAGCCCAGGAUCGAGCCCAUCGUAUAGGUCAGCAGAAUGAGGUGCGUGUGCUGAGGUUCUGUACGGUGAAGAGCGUGGAGGAGCGUAUCCUGGCUGCCGCACGCUUCAAGCUCAACGUGGACGAGAAGGUGAUCCAGGCAGGCAUGUUUGACCAGAAGUCCACUGGCUACGAGAGGCAGACUUUCCUGAAGAAUCUCCUUACGCAGGACCUGGAGAGUGAUGAGCGAUGUUCGGAACCAAUCGAUUCCGAUGGUAGCAAGACUCUAAUUCAAGAGGAAGAUGAGGUACCAGAUGAUGAGACCAUCAACCAGAUGCUGGCUCGGUCGGAGGAGGAGUUUGAGAUUUACCAGCGCAUGGACGUGGAGCGACGACGUGAGGAAGCCAAGGCCGUGCCACGUAAACCUCGACUUAUGGAAGAGUCUGAACUGCCCGCAUGGAUCGUCAAGGAUGAGGCUGAGGUUGAAAGGAUGACUAUGGAAGAGGAAGAAGAGAAGUUGUUCGGUCGGGGAUCUCGACAGAGGAAGGAAGUAGACUACUCUGACGCACUCACAGAGAAACAGUGGCUAAGGGCUAUAGAGGAUGGUAACAUAGAUGAGCUUGAGGAGGAGGAUGAGAAGCCAGAGAGGAAAAAGGCCGCCCGCAAACGCAAGAAGCCCUCUGAGACACCACCACCCAAGGCCUCAGGCUCUGGGGACCCACCCAUAAAAAAGAGGCGGGGUCGACCACCGGCAGAGAAACUGAAGCCCAACUCGCCCAAGGUGGAAGCCCAGCUGAAGAAGCUGCUUGACAUUGUGCUCAGAUACAAGGACAGUGAUGGCCGGUUACUAAGUGGUGCAUUUGAGAAACUACCUUCCAAGAAGGAGCUGCCAGAGUAUUAUGAGAUCAUUACCAACCCACUGGACUUCAAGAAAAUAAGGAAGCGUAUCAAGGACCACAAGUACAGAUGCCUGGAGGACCUGGAGGAUGAUAUCUUCACCCUGUGUCAGAACGCACAGCUCUACAAUGUCGAGGGGUCACAGAUCUAUGAGGACUCCAUAGUGCUGCAGUCGGUGUUGACGAAUGCCAAGGAGCGAAUGACAAAGGACAGCAGUGACUCGAGUGAUGACUCCUCAGAUGAUGAUAGCGACGACAGCACUGAUGACAGUAGCGCUGGUGAUGAGACUGACACUCAGUCAACAUCGACCACAAGAUCGAAGAACAAAGACAGGGACAAGUCCCGUGACAAGUCAAAGUCGAGCAAGUCCGGUAGUAAGACACCAACACCAACUAGUAAAAGAAGCACACCGUCCCGGGCGAGCACGAAGCGCCCUGUUAUCAGUGAUGAGGAUGAAGAUGAGGAUGAGGACUAGACUGUGCCCAGACUGGUUGUCUUACUUCCUGUGCUUCAUAUAGACUGGUGUUCCCACUGAGAUAAUAUACAGCUGAUAGACUGGGUCUACAUCAAGUUUAUCACCUAUUGUAUAUGAAAAUUAUAAUUUGAUAUCUCCAGUCACAUGUUUUUUAUUACAAAACAUGUAAUUGACAUUUAUUCAUCUAUCUUAUCAUUUCUGCAUUUGUUUCAAAGAUCAAUUGAGUUCUCUUUUUCUCAACGUCUUUGAUGUUUUGUUGUACAUUUUUCCCAUUUAUGUUGUAUUUGUAACUAUGUAGACUAGCAUUUUCAUUACCGUAUUUGAAGUUCGUUUUUAUUUCAUUUAUGUCAGUUUAGUUUCUUGCAUUUAAAUCGUUAGUGGUUCAUUUCGUCUUUGGUAUUUAAUACUGUCACAUUUCAAUAUGUCAUUUGUCGUCUACGUAUGUAAAUAAAAUGCCGAAAAUCA